UUAUUUAAAUAAUGGCGGAUAAGGAAAAGAAGAAGAAGACAAAAAAGAAGGAAGACGCAUCGCCAACCCCAGCACCAGCUGCAGCAGCUUCACCAACACCUCCUCCAGAGUCACCCAAGGAAGCUCCCAAGUCAAAGAGUCCUUCAGGAACACCCAGCGGGUCCCAAAGAGCCAGCAGCCGUGGCUCCAAACGUGCAAAGCGCGCUGGAUCCAGUGUCUUCUCUCUGUUCACACAGAAGCAAGUCGCUGAGUUCAAAGAAGCCUUCCAGAUGAUGGACCACGACAAAGACGGCAUCAUCGGCAAGGAAGACCUGCGCCAGACCUUCGACUCAGUUGGUCGUCUGGCCACUGACAAGGAGUUGGACGCGAUGCUGGAAGAGGUAGAGGGACCCAUCAACUUCACUCAACUUCUCACUCUGUUUGCCAACCGUAUGUCGGGAGGUUCGUACGAGACAAUCUUACCAUUUAAAACUACGUGA